GCGGCCUUGGCGGCGCGGCGGCUGCGCCCUGAGCGGCGCCCCCGGAAGUACGGAACCGGCAGCGCCACGUCUGCUUCCAGCCGCUCGGAGCGCAGCGGCCCAGCCGGGGAGCGGCUCCCGCCGCGGCCAUGGGCAGCUCUGGCCCGCGCCCCGGCCCUGCGCCCCUCCUCCUCCUGCUGGUGCUGCUCGGCGCCGAGCGGCCGGGGGCCACGGAACUCACCUUCGAGCUGCCCGACAGCGCCGAGCAGUGCUUCCACGAGGCGGUGGAGUCGGGCGUGAAGUUCUCCCUGGACUUCCAGGUCAUCACUGGAGGCCACUACGAUGUUGACUGCUACGUGAAGGAUCCCCUGGGGAACACCAUCUACCGGGGAACCAAGAAGCAGUACGACAGCUUCACGCACCGGGCUGAGGCCACGGGCGUCUAUCAGUUUUGCUUCAGUAACGAGUUUUCCACCUUCUCUCACAAGACUGUCUACUUUGACUUUCAAGUGGGGGACGAGCCCCCCAUUCUCCCGGACAUGGGGAACAAGGUCACAGCUCUCACCCAGAUGGAGUCCGCCUGUGUGACCAUUCACGAGGCCCUGAAGACAGUGAUCGACUCCCAGACGCACUACCGGCUCCGGGAGGCCCAGGACCGGGCCCGGGCCGAAGACCUGAACAGCCGAGUCUCUUACUGGUCCGUCGGUGAGACCGUCACCCUGUUUGUGGUCAGCGUCAGCCAGGUGCUGCUGCUGAGAAGCUUCUUCACGGAGAAGCGCCCCACCCACGGGGCGGUCCACUCCUAGUCCGGGUGCCCUGCUCAGGCCCUCGCCCCGGGACGGAGCAGCUCGGGGUCACAGCUCCUGCUGGGCUGCUGGCUACGACCCAGGGUGGCUGCAGGGCUACUGGGGAAGCGCAGGGCAGUGCCCGUUCCAUCCACAUGCUCGGCUCGUGCACAUGGCGGCCAGAGCCCAGGGGGCAUCCAGUCGCGUUAUGUGCGUGACACCAAGCUUAAACCGUUCGUGGUCAGGCGUGACCCGGCAGUGCCUGGCUGUGGGAGGCACCCCAGGCGCCCAGGCCUGUGGGCUACAGCCCAGGGCUCUCCUCCUGCCCCGUGAUGCACUGUGGGUCCUGUCCUGUGGAGAAGGGGACCCUUGGGCUCCUGUGCCUGAGCAACGCCGGCCCUCAUGCAGCUGUGAAAUCCCCCCAGGUGGUAAGGUGUCGGUCAUCAAGCAUCAGGCGGGACUUGGAGACUGGGUGCCCCGGCCAGCAGUGCAUCUCCUGGGAGGCGGGACUCUUGUGAAUAAAAGCUAAGCGUGAGCA